GUGACUCCUAGCGCCCCGGGAUAAGCUCGGGGUCCCAGAGGGUCCUGGGACCGCCCAUCACCCGCGCCUGAUCACCUCCGGAGCCCAGCGCGACGCAGGACCCGCCCCCAACUUCGCCCAGGUCUCCUGCGUAACCACUGACACUCCGCCCCUCUGGAUCCAGGCUACGCGCAUGCCCAACGUGGCGUCGCGCACGCGCUCUCCGUAGCUCUCUUCGACCUUUGACCUGCCGGCCGCCCUUGAGCCGGGGCCGCGAGGCGUGGAAGACGGAGCCCGCGCCCCCGAGGCAGAGCAGCUGCCAUGAAGUCGGUGCUUCUCACUGUCCCCAUUUCACAAGAGAAGGAACCUGAAGCUCUGCAUGUUUGACUCCUCCAGGGUCACUCAUCCCACGAGUGUCUGAGAUGGCACCUCUCCUUCUGUGUCCUAAGACUUGCUGUUUCCCAUCACAUGAUUCCUGCUUUGUAAUGGUCACUGCCAUUUGUUGGGGCCCUAUGAUGAGCCCUCGCUCCCACAUGUAACUCUGAGCCACCCUCAAGGGCUGAGUAAAAUGUGGCUCUGGAGGAGUUUGUAUCCUAUAGGAGAAGGCCAAGUACCUGGCCCAGAUCAUUGUGAUGGGGGCGCAGGUGGUGGGCAGAGCCUUUGCCCGGGCCCUGCGGCAGGAAUUUGCAGCCAGCCGGGCAGCAGCUGAUGCCCGGGGACGUGCUGGACACCAGUCUGCAGCCGCCUCUAACCUCUCCGGCCUCAGCCUCCAGGAGGCACAGCAGAUUCUCAAUGUCUCCAAACUGAACCCCGAGGAGAUCCAGAAGAAGUACGAACACCUAUUCAAGGUGAAUGAUAAAUCUGUGGGCGGCUCCUUCUACCUGCAGUCAAAGGUGACAACAGCCACGUCAAUAAGAGAACUGAUAAACCUGAUAACAGACUUCCAUAAAGCCCCUACUAGAGGCAAGCCCACAGUGAGCACUGCAUGAAUGCCGACUGCCCUUUAUGCAGCCUUUACUCAGCAGAAUGGCUCCAGAUUUACUAAACGUCUGCUCCCUCACUGACCAGGAUGGAGCCACGUGAGGCUAUGGGCCUUUGAAGUGUGGCCACUCCAAAUUGAGAUGUGCGGUGAGUGUAAAAUACAUACCAGAUU